AUGUUGCCACUCACCGUGGAGGUGGGUGCCUUUGCCAGCAGCGCUGCUGUUCGCAAGCUGUUUGGGGAGUUGUUGGAGCACACGUGCCAUCUUCACCUCCUCGUCCUUUCGCGGACACCCAUCUACAGCUCGCUCGGGCCAAGCAAGGUGGUGAAUGUCGCCCUCCCGGGCUUGGAGGAGUAUGAUUCUGCAAAGCUUUUCCUGCAGCGCAUGCACAGGAAGUUGGAAGCACGGGACUUCCCGGCAGAUCCCAUGGGGAGUGCAGAUGCAGGCGGAGGAGAGUGGAACUCAGGAGGCUCCUUCGCCAUCGCCUCCCCGGGGAGUGCUGGCAGCAAGCUCAGAUGCGACAAUUGCAGGUUGCAAAAUUAUGAUAACGUUUUAUGA